AAGCAGAAGCUCAUGUAUUUAUAAGUCCUUCCAUUCCCCAACUGCAUACCAUAAAUUCUUAGUUCCAUUUUUAAAGAGAAUGCCUUUGGUUAUAUGAUAUUUUCACUUCAUUGAUCAUCAUUACUCCUUGCAGACGAAAUAUAAGUUCUAUGGCUUUUGAAGUAAUUACGGAUCAAAUCUUAGGUGUCACACGAUGACCAUUGAUAAUAGCUUCAAUGGCGACUUUGACUUGAAUGAGGCAAGCGUGUCAAAAAGCGGCUUAGUUCCGGAGAAAGACCGUGGCAUGAAUGGCGGAAAUCGAAACCUCGAGACACCCAAAGGAAAUGAGAAGACUAACACAGUCCCCUUCUUCAAACUGUUUGCAUUUGCUGAUGCAACAGAUGUUUUGUUAAUGAUCGCUGGCACAAUUGGUGCCAUUGGAAAUGGCAUAAGUAUGCCCCUCAUGACAAUAUUGUUCGGGGAGCUUACAGACUCUUUUGGACAAAACCAAAACAACAAUGAGGUGGUCAAUUCGGUUUCUGAGGUUGCUCUGAACUUUGUCUACCUAGGCGUAGGGGCUGCGGUGGCGGGAUUUCUCCAAGUGACCUGCUGGAUGGUCACAGGAGAGAGACAAGCUGCAAGAAUAAGGGGCUUGUACUUGAAAACCAUACUGAGACAAGAUAUUGCCUUCUUUGAUUUGGAAACAAACACGGGAGAGGUCGUCGGGAGGAUGUCUGGUGACACUGUUCUAAUACAAGAUGCCAUGGGCGAGAAGGUUGGGAAAUUUUUACAGUUGAUAUCCAUGUUCAUUGGAGGAUUCGUUGUGGCAUUUAUCAGAGGAUGGCUUCUUACACUUGUGAUGUUGUCCUCUCUGCCUCUUCUCGUGAUUGCCGGUGCGACAGUGUCCCUCACUGUAGCCAACACAGCAUCCCAAGGACAGAAUGCUUAUGCAAAAGCAGCAGCUGUAGUUGAACAGACAAUCGGUUCAAUCCGAACGGUUGCAUCAUUUGCUGGUGAAAAGCAAGCCAUGAGCAAUUACAACAAGUUUCUUGUUAGCGCCUACAGAUCAGGUGUUUACCAAGGAUCUGUUUCUGGAAUAGGACUUGGAUUGAUCAUGUUGGUCGUUUUCUGCAGUUAUGCGUUGGCUGUAUGGUUUGGUGGGAGGAUGAUUCUGGAAAAUGGUUACACUGGUGGUGAAGUAGUCAGUGUUAUCGUUGCUAUAAUGACUGGUUCCAUGUCCCUGGGGCAGGCAUCUCCCAGCUUGAAUGCAUUUGCUUCUGGUCAAGCAGCAGCAUUUAAGAUGUUUGAGACUAUUGAAAGGAAGCCUGAGAUAGAUGCUUAUGACACAAAUGGAAAAGUAUUGGAGGAUAUUCGAGGGGAUAUCAAUUUGAAUGAUGUUUGUUUCAGUUAUCCAGCAAGACCGGAUGAGCAAAUUUUCAAUGGAUUCUCUCUUUCCAUUCCCAGUGGCACAACAGCUGCUCUGGUUGGACAAAGUGGAAGCGGGAAAUCAACUGUAAUCAGUCUCAUAGAGAGAUUUUAUGAUCCGCAAGGUGGUGAAGUCCUUAUCGAUGGCAUCAACCUCAAGGAAUUUCAGCUUAAAUGGAUCAGGGGAAAGAUUGGCCUUGUCAGCCAGGAACCUGUGUUGUUUUCAUCAAGCAUUAGGGAUAAUAUUGCAUACGGAAAUGAAGGGGCAACAAGUGAAGAGAUAAGAGCUGCAGUUGAACUCGCUAAUGCUGCCAAGUUCAUCGACAAACUGCCUCAGGGACUAGACACCAUGGUGGGUGAGCAUGGAACUCAGCUCUCUGGUGGACAAAAGCAGAGAGUGGCGAUAGCAAGAGCAAUUCUAAAAGAUCCUCGGAUUUUUCUUUUAGACGAAGCUACAAGUGCACUAGAUGCAGAAUCUGAGAGAACAGUGCAAGAGGCACUAGACAGAAUAAUGACUACUCGGACUAUUGUUAUCGUUGCUCAUCGCCUGAGCACGGUGAGGAACGCAGAUAUGAUAGCUGUUAUUCAUCAAGGAAAGAUGGUUGAAAAAGGGUCUCAUUGUGCUUUGCUCAAGGAUCCCAAUGGAGCUUACUCUCAGCUUAUACGUUUACAAGAGGUAAAUAAAGAGUUAGAACAGGAACCGGAUGAUGAAAAUGGAUCGGAAAAUAUUGAGAAAUCAAGUCCUAGAAUGUCGUUGGAGAAAUCUAUCAGUAGGGGUUCAACUACAGGACAAAAUGUCACGGAUAAUGUGUUGGCAGAUGCAGAAGCUCCUCCUACAAUACCACCAGUACAGGCUUCGGAAGUCUCAAUUCAUCGGCUUGCAUCUCUCAACAAGCCGGAGAUUCCUGUGCUUCUACUUGGAACUAUAGCUUCAGUUGUCAAUGGAUUAGUCCUUCCUGCUUAUGCAUUGCUCCUUUCCGAAGCCAUCAAAACCUUUUACAAACCACCUAAUGAACUUAGAAAGGAUUCAAGAUUCUGGGCACUUAUAUUUAUGGCUCUUGGCUUGGCCUCAUUAUUGGCAUAUCCAGCAGAAACAUACCUCUUUUCUGUUGCUGGAUGUAAACUAAUCCAGCGAGUAAGAUCAAUGUGUUUUCAGAAAGUGAUUCACAUGGAGGUCAGUUGGUUUGACGAACCCGAGCACUCAAGCGGUUCACUUGGAGCAAGGCUCUCGGCAGAUGCAGCAACAUUACGUUCUCUUGUUGGAGAUGCACUAAGCAAAAUUGUUCAAAGUAUUGCAUCAGCCAUUGCAGGUUUGGUCAUUGCUUUCAUUGCAAGUUGGCAGUUGGCUUUGAUCGUCCUCGCACUUUUUCCUCUGAUAGGAAUCGACGGGUACAUUCAAAUGAAAUUCAUGAAGGGAUUUAGUGCAGAUGCAAAGACGAUGUACGAGGAAGCAAGCCAAGUUGCUAAUGACGCAAUCGGAGGUAUAAGAACAAUUGCUUCCUUCUGUGCUGAGGAGAAAGUGAUUCGUCUUUACAAAAGGAAAUGCCAAAACCCGAUGAAGACGGGGAUAAGGCAGGGUUUGAUCAGCGGAAUAGGAUUCGGGCUGUCGGCCUUCUUAAUGUAUUCUGUUUAUGCGACGAGUUUCUAUGUCGGAGCUCAACUUGUGGAGCAUGAUCAUGCUACUUUCUCAGAUGUUUUUCAAGUUUUCUUUGCAUUGACGAUAGCAUCUCUUGCAAUCAGUCAAUCAAGCACCUUUGGUUCUGAUUCCAACAAAGCAAAGACAGCCGCAGCUUCCAUAUUCGCUAUUAUCGAUCAGAGAUCGAAGAUAAACCCAGGUGACGAGUCAGGGGUGAUACUAGAAAAUGUGAAAGGCGAAAUCGAGCUUUCUAAUGUGAGCUUUAAGUAUCCAUUAAGGCCAGACAUUCAAAUUUUCCGAGACUUAUGCUUGGCUAUUCCUGCUGGCAAGACGGUUGCUUUAGUCGGAGAAAGCGGCUGCGGGAAGUCGACCGUAAUCUCACUAUUGCAGAGAUUUUAUGAUCUAGAUUCGGGUCACAUUACACUAGAUGGAGUUGAAAUACAAAAGCUGCAAUUAAAAUGGUUGAGGCAACAAAUGGGACUUGUAAGCCAAGAACCUGUUUUGUUCAACGACACCAUACGUGCCAACAUUGCAUACGGAAAGGGAGGGAAUGCGACCGAGGCUGAAAUUUUAGCUGCAUCGGAGCUGGCCAAUGCCCACAACUUCAUUAGUAGCCUACAACAUGGUUAUGAUACCGUAGUAGGGGAGAGAGGGGUUCAAUUGUCAGGUGGACAGAAGCAGCGAGUGGCGAUCGCACGAGCCAUAGUUAAGAGUCCGAAGAUAUUGCUCUUGGAUGAAGCCACAAGUGCAUUGGAUGCUGAAUCAGAGCAAGUGGUUCAGGAAGCACUAGACCGAGUCAUGGUCAGCCGCACGACUGUUGUCGUUGCGCAUCGGUUAUCAACGAUCAAGAAUGCAGAUGUUAUUGCAGUGCUUAGAAAUGGGGUUAUUGUGGAGAAGGGAAAGCAUCAGACCUUGAUAAACAUCAAAGAUGGUUUCUACGCUUCCUUGGUGGCACUUCACAUGACUUCUUCAUCAUCAUGAAGAACUAAAAUAGGCACUUUCUU